AACUAAAUAAAAUCGAACUGUUGUUUUUUACUUUUUGUUAUGUACGGUUACAUUUUGGUGUAAUUGGUUGUGUGUGUAUUUUAAACGUUUGUGGAUUCAUAAGCUUAACGACUAUUUAUCAAUUUUGACGCUCCUUCAACAGUUCUAAGAUGUCUUCAGGGAGUGAAAGUGAUGAUGAUUAUGUACCAGAGGAGCCAGAGAAAGUUUCAGAAGAAGAAUCGGCUGAUGAGGAAACUGAACAACAGUUUGAAAAUGAAGUUGAAACUAAAACAAAAAAGCGGAAGAGUAAACAACAAAGUGCACCUAAGAAGAAAAUAAAAAAAGAUGAGGUCACAGAAGAAACAAAAGAACCAGAACCAGAAAAACAAGGAACAGCUGAUCCAGAAGAGGAAAAGAAGAGAGAAGAAGAUCUGUGGGCAAAAUUCUUAGAAGGAACGGAUUCAAAACCAAAACCUAAAACACAAGAGAUCAUCAGUAAACCAGUGAAGGGAGAUACCGUUAAUAUAGCAAAUAAAAAGAAAAUCGAACCAUCAAAAGCUGAAACUGAUAAGGAUAGGGAAAAGAGGAUAUUUGAGUUUGCAGGCGAAACUAUAGUAGUAGAAAAUAACGUAAUUAAAGAAAGAGUAAAGACAGCUGAAAAACCAACUUUAGUAUGUAAAGAAGGACCUUCGCCACGUGCAAAACCCGCAGGAUUGUCCAGUAUUGUGGGCCAGUUGAAUAAGAAGAACACAUUGUCAACUCUAGAAAAGUCCAAGUUAGAUUGGAAUACAUAUAAGGCGGAUGAAGGAAUCGAGGAAGAAAUAACCAGUCACAACAAGGGAAAGGCUGGGUACUUGGAACGUCAAGACUUCCUUGGACGGACUGAUGUACGCCAGUAUGAGAUUGAACGAGAUUUAAGGAUGAGCAAACGCAGUAAUCGAUGAGCGAACACAUGACAUAGCUACAAUUUGCCAUAAUACCUACACUCAUACUCUUACUUAAUUUGUAAUAAACAACUGUGCUGUUA